AUGAGCAGAACAAACUAUUGCGCAAACAUUUAACAUUUUUGGACUUUGCAAUAAAAUAUUUCAUGACGCGGGUAUCAAUCAAAUCUGUGAUCGAUUGUUAAUUGUGUGAUAUGUGAUUUCCAUGUUGUUAUUGUUACCUGAAGUAUCGUUACUUCAAGUAGAUGUACGUUUGUUUGCACGUUAUCAUGUGACAAAUUUGUGUGAGUCGACUAAGGUUUCAGUCAGUAUCAAGUGAGGUAGCUGACGGCAAGGCGGUUAAACUUAUCAGAAGGGAAAGAAAGUGAAACCGCCUCAAAAUGGGGGACAUGUUCCGCAGUGAGCAAAUGGUACUUGCUCAGCUCUUCAUCCAACCUGAGGCUGCAUAUUUCGCCAUAUCGGAGCUCGGAGAAUCCGGAAUCGUUCAAUUCCGAGACUUGAAUGAAAACGUGAACGUGUUCCAACGAAAAUUCGUAAACGAGGUCCGAAGAUGCGACGAAAUGGAGCGCAAGCUGCGCUACAUCGAGGCCGAGGUGAAGAAAGACAAUGUGGCGAUUCCCGACCAGUCUGAGCUCCCCAAAGCUCCAAAUCCCAGGGAGAUUAUUGAUCUGGAAGCCCACCUUGAGAAAACCGAAGGCGAUAUCAAGGAGUUGUCCGAAAGCGCGGUUAACCUGAAGUCCAAUUAUCUGGAGCUGAUCGAGUUGAAGCAAGUGCUUGAGAAAACUCAAGCUUUCUUCAACGAGCAAGACGAAGCCAACGGUUUAGAUUCGGCCCACAAGGCUUUGAUCAAUGACGAAAGUCACAAUGUGUCCAUUAGGGGCCGUUUGGGGUUCGUUGCGGGGGUUAUCAACCGGGAGCGAGUGCCAGGUUUCGAGAGAAUGCUCUGGAGGAUAUCCAGAGGGAACGUUUUUUUGAGACAGGUCGAGAUUGAAAAACCGCUCGAAGAUCCGGCCACGGGGAAUCAACUGUACAAAACCGUUUUCGUUGCGUUUUUCCAAGGCGAGCAGUUGAAAACAAGGAUUAAGAAAGUUUGUGCUGGAUAUCACGCCUCGCUUUAUGCGUGUCCAAGCUCGCUUCAAGAACGCAACGAGAUGCUUAAAGGUGUCUGCACGAGGUUGGAAGAUUUGAAUUUGGUUCUAAACCAAACGCAAGACCACCGGCAAAGAGUGCUAGUGAGUGUGGCCAAGGAAUUGCAAAAUUGGAGCGUGAUGGUUAGCAAAAUGAAGGCGAUUUAUCACACUUUGAAUUUCUUUAAUAUGGACGUGACGAAAAAAUGCUUGAUUGGGGAGUGUUGGGUCAGCAGUAAAGACAUUCCAAUCGUACAGAAGGCCCUGUCGGAUGGUUCCAGUGCUUGCGGCAGCUCCAUUCCGUCAUUUUUGAACGUGAUUAACACCAAUGAGGAUCCUCCGACGUUCAAUAGAACGAAUAAAUUCACCAGAGGGUUCCAGAAUCUGAUUGAUUCGUACGGAGUUGCAUCGUAUCGUGAAGCUAACCCUGCCCUUUAUACCAUCAUCACUUUCCCGUUUCUGUUCGCUGUGAUGUUCGGUGACGUUGGACACGCAAUGAUCAUGGCCCUAUUUGGCGGUUAUUUGGUAAUUUCCGAGAAGAAAAUCAUGGCCAAGCGUAGUAAUAACGAAAUUUUCAACAUUUUCUUCGCCGGGAGAUACAUCAUUCUCCUCAUGGGUCUCUUCUCAAUGUACACCGGUUUUGUCUACAACGACAUUUUCUCAAAGUCCAUGAACUUGUUCGGGUCCAGUUGGUUUGUCCAAUUCAACAAAGAACAAGCCUUGGAGUUGGAUGAACGCGAUCUGGACCCCCGAUAUGAUUACACUGGGACCCCCUAUUUCAUCGGCAUGGACCCCGCGUGGCAAUUGGCCAAAAACAAGAUCAUUUUCCUAAAUUCGUACAAAAUGAAACUGUCUAUUAUUUUCGGGGUCGUUCAUAUGAUUUUCGGCGUGUGCGUCAGCGUGGUUAAUUUCGUCCAUUUCAGGAAAUACUCAAGCAUCUUCCUGGAAUUCCUCCCACAGAUCCUCCUGCUGUGUUUCCUCUUCUUGUGGAUGGUGGUGAUGAUGUUCAUGAAAUGGAUUAUCUAUUCGGCUGAUUUGGGCAAACCUGUUGAGUUGGGUACUUCGUGCGCACCCAAUGUUCUCAUCUACUUCAUCAACAUGAUGCUGUUCAAAGCGACGGAGUCGCCGGAAGGUUGCAAGGAUUACAUGUUUGAGGGCCAACAGACCGUGCAACAAAUCUUAGUUUUCUUGUCAUUGGCGUGUAUCCCGGUGCUGUUGCUCGGAAAGCCGCUUUAUAUCAAAUGCACGAGGAAAAGUAAGCCUCAUGUGCGAAGUAACGGCGAUGUUAACCAAGGAAUGGAGUUGGGGGAAUACCCCGAAGCGCAGCAAAACGCAGCUGCGACGUCGCACGAAGACGAGGAGGAGGAGGAACCGAUGAGUGAGAUUUUCAUCCAUCAGGCAAUUCACACAAUUGAGUACGUUUUGAGUACUAUUUCGCACACUGCGUCCUAUUUGCGGUUGUGGGCCUUGUCGUUAGCUCACGCGCAACUUUCUGAAGUAUUGUGGAGCAUGUUGUUCAGGAUGGGCUUGACAAAUAGCUCGUAUGUUGGGGCGAUUACGGCCUUUGUGUUUUUCGCAGCGUGGGCGGCUUUUACGAUAGCCAUUUUAGUCACAAUGGAAGGGUUAUCAGCGUUUUUGCACACUUUGCGUUUGCAUUGGGUCGAAUUUAUGAGUAAGUUUUAUGCCGGGUUGGGAUAUCCGUUCCAACCAUUCAGUUUUAAAGCAAUCCUCGAGGAAGAAAAUGCGCCAGAGGAAUAACACUUUUAUCAGCUUUUUAGAUAGUGCACAAAUAGAAUAGCAGCAAAUAAAAAUACUUGUUAAAAGGG